CAACCGGUCAACCCAUCCGGCCAACCCAUCAUCCUCCUUCCAAUCCUAAUUAAUCCUCCUUCCAACCCUAAUUUCAUAACCUUAUUCAUUUCCCUUUCUCCGCACUCAUGUACGCAGUAGUGCAGCCACAGCCUCACUUCAGCCCCUCACUCACUCUCGGUCUCGGUCGGAACUCUCACCUCACUUCAGCCCCUCACUCACGUAGCAGUGCAGCCACAGCCCUCAUUUUCGCCCCUCACUCACGUAGCAGUGCAGCCACAGCCUCACUUCAGCCCCUUAUUCACUCUCGGUCUCAGUCGGAACUCUCACCUCACUUCAGCCCCUCACUCACGCAACAGUGCAGCCACAGCCUCACUUCAGCCCCUCACUCACUCUCGGUCUCGGUCGGAACUCUCACCUCACUUCAGCCCUUCACUCACGUAGCAGUGCAGCCACAGCCCUCACUUUUGCCCCUCACUCACGCAAUCUACUACAGAUUUGCUGUUGAAGCUGCUACAGAUCUGUUGCUAGAGCUGUUACAGAUCUGCUCCUGGAGCUGCUGUCAAAGCUUGCCGGACUACUUCAACAAACGUUACUGUGCUUUUUUCUCACAUUGUAGCAAGCUUAAUCCAGAUACAAUAGAAGCAUUGAUGUGUCUUCAAGAUUGGUUAAGAACAGAUCUCAAAGGUUCUUUGGAUGAUAUAUGUUUCUUUACUCAAAAUGAGGAUAUGGAUUGUGAUGAAGACAAUAAUUUAGAGGGAUCCCUAUCCCCACCAUUCACGGGGACGGGGAUGGGGAGGGACUUCCCGACCCCGCAGGACCCCAUUGACAUCCCUACAUGGGAAUCCUUGUUGGCUCCGUGAAACUCAAGGAGUUUUUAGUAUUUUUGUGAAAUUUUGAAUGCUUUCUUAUUAAUUGUUCAGAAAAUAAAAGAGUUUAUUUUGUUAGCUUGUACCUCCCUGUCUUCACUCAAGAUGCAAAGGCAUAUUUCAUGGUUGAUGUUGUGGUAUCCUUUCUUGUGUUAGUCAAUUGAUGUAGUGAUACUAUACACUAAUUUUUUUGUAACUUGAAACAUAUGUAACACAUAUCUUUUUAGUUAAAUAAUAGUGUUUUAAAUUA